AAAUAGAAAUAUCUUCAGCAUGUCUGGAAGAGGUAAAGGCGGUAAAGGGCUCGGGAAAGGAGGCGCUAAGCGUCACCGUAAAGUGCUGCGGGAUAACAUCCAGGGCAUCACCAAACCCGCCAUCCGUCGUCUCGCUCGCCGCGGCGGAGUCAAGCGUAUCUCCGGUCUGAUCUACGAGGAGACCCGCGGUGUGCUGAAGGUGUUCCUGGAGAACGUGAUCCGCGAUGCCGUGACAUACACCGAGCACGCCAAGAGAAAGACCGUCACCGCCAUGGACGUCGUGUACGCGCUGAAACGACAGGGACGCACUCUGUACGGCUUCGGAGGAUAAACCCGUCUGUGCUCUCGUGAAAACCCAACGGCUCUUUUAAGAGCCACCCAUACCGUCACAUAAAAAGAGUUCAUGUUUAAGUAAUGUUCCCGUUUUAUGCUUUCGUUGGAAAUGUUAACGAGUCUUGAGCGAAUUAAUUCUUUACUGAAGCGAAAUUAGUUGGCGCCCAGAAAAUG